AUGCUCCAGACGCAGACCCAACACGUUUUCUCCCAUCAGCAUCAAUACCCUGCUGAUCCAUCCUGGCUGCAACAUCAGCAGCAACAGCAGCAGCAACAGCACCAUCAAGCCCAGCACCACCCGCACCAGGCCCAGCAACAGCAUUCUUCCUUGGUGGCCCAACAGCAUGCCCAAGUGCAGGCCGCCGCCGCGGCUGCCGCCGCAGCUCAACAACAGCACUAUAAUCGCAUCGCUAUGGCCGGCAACCCUGGUACUGGAAACCCAGCACAGGGUGCGGGUGCUGGAGGGUUGAGUGGGGAUGGCGCUCUCUCAGGCGCAGUAUCGGUGAUGGAUGGUGGGAUCAGUGAUGAGAACCGCAAGGUUUUUAUUUGGGUUGCUGAGCUUCUUGACCCGAAUCGCAGAGAGGCUGCUCUCAUGGAACUAAGUAAAAAGCGAGAGCAGGUUCCUGAGUUGGCGCUUGUCAUUUGGCACUCAUUCGGUGUUAUGACUGCUCUGCUCCAGGAGAUCAUUUCUGUAUAUCCCUUGUUGAACCCUUCUCAGUUGACUGCGGCGGCUUCAAAUCGAGUUUGUAACGCACUGGCUCUGCUACAAUGUGUCGCCUCUCACAAUGAGACUCGUACACUAUUUUUAAACGCUCAUAUUCCACUUUUUCUCUAUCCUUUUCUCAACACUACCUCAAAAUCUCGCCCGUUCGAGUACCUUCGCCUCACCUCUCUCGGUGUGAUCGGAGCGUUAGUCAAGAACGACUCUUCGGAUGUCAUCAACUUCCUUCUCACCACCGAGAUUAUUCCGCUCUGUCUCCGUAUCAUGGAAACGGGCUCCGAACUGAGCAAAACAGUCGCUAUCUUUAUUGUGCAAAAAAUAUUACUAGAUGACAUAGGUCUUGCGUAUAUCUGUGCGACAUAUGAAAGGUUUUAUGCUGUGGGGACGGUUCUAAGUAAUAUGGUCACUCAACUCGUGGAGCAGCAGACCGUAAGGCUUCUUAAGCACGUUGUGCGCUGCUUCCUUCGCCUGAGCGAUAAUAGCAGAGCGCGGGAGGCCUUGCGGCAGUGCCUUCCCGAGCCUUUGCGAGACGCCACCUUCUCCUCUGUCCUCCGCGAUGAUGCAGCCACAAAACGUUGUCUUGCACAGCUUCUGAUCAACCUUUCCGAUAACGUGUCCGACGGCGCCCCAGGUGUUGCUAUGUAA